UCAAGCGCCCUGUCGGAAUCGAGUCUCCAUUCCCCGGCUACAGUUGUAUCGAUCUUCAGCGUCUCCUGUGAAAACGGCUGUAAUGUCUUCUAUCCUUAUCAAUGUUAUUAUACCGUACUCAUUCUGAUCCCGCUAUACACUAUAGGCCCGGCUGUUAGGCCUAACAGUUUUCCAUUAUUCGAAAGUUGUUCAUGGUAUUUAUAGUAAAACGUCAGUUUACUUCAAAAGAUAUAAAUCCGAGUUAGACUCGCAGACUAAGAGAUUAUUACACUGUAUAAAAUACAUAUAUUUUUGGUACAUAAACGAUGUUGUCAGCUACGUUAGAACGUCGCUUUGCUGGAAAAAUGGUUAAAUAAAGCCAUGCGUCUGAACAGCCCGUGUAAGAAGUAUAUGCUAAACCGAAUUUAAAGGUAAAAAAAAAUCUUUAAAAAUGAAAGAACAGAAACCGCUUCUCCUUCGUAGCCACAGCAACGGGUUUUCGGGACAAAUCUCUCCCAGCAUCACCAGCCCAACAGCUGAUACUAGUGGUUCGUUACUCGUAUUAACAGGAUCUCAAGAAGGAAAGGUGUUGAUCUGGUCAAAGGACAACUUACUGCUGAUUCUUACUGUAUUGGGUGUUCUACUCGGUGUACUGAUUGGUUUCCUGGCACGUUUCGCUGACUAUGGCGAGGAUGCUAUCAUGCUGGUGUCGUUUCCCGGAGAUAUCCUGAUGAGGAUGUUGAAAAUGUUGAUCCUCCCGCUAAUCAUCUCUUCCAUGAUAUCAGGUCUCGCCCAGUUGGAUGCGAAGUCCAGCGGGAAAAUGGGAUCAUACGCGUUAGUUUACUACUUUGCCACAACCAUGUUUGCUGCUAUCGUUGGAAUCAUCCUUGUUUCCAGUAUACAUCCUGGGGACCCUUCGAUCAAAGAAGAGGUCGGAUCUGGUACUGAAGACAAGAGUGUCUCAACACUGGACGCCUUUCUGGACCUGAUCAGAAAUAUGUUCCCGGAAAAUCUUCUACAGGCAUGCUUCCAACAAGUGGAAACAGUUUACGUCGAAGAAGAAGCAAAACCAAGUUUCAUCCGAGCGACAAUGAAUAUAAGUAAUUACACUGACAACGACAACGUUACACAAUACGUGGACAAAAGGACAUUUGUCUACAAAGAUGGAACAAAUGUUCUGGGGCUGAUCGUUUUUUGUAUUGCUUUUGGAAUAAUCUGUGGACAGGUGGGAGAAGAAGGGGAGAUCAUGGUGAACUUUUUCGUAAUCCUCAACGAGAUUAUCAUGCGAAUCGUCGUACUGGUCAUGUGGUACUCCCCCUUCGGCAUCAUGUCGUUAAUUAUCGGAAAGAUCAUGUCCAUCAAAGAUCUAGCCCUCACUGCCCAACAGCUAGGACUGUAUAUGCUGACGGUAAUCAUUGGUCUCGCGAUCCACGCGGUGAUCACUCUUCCUACCAUAUUCUUUGUCUUCACUAGAAAGAAUCCAUUGACUUUCUUCAGAGGAAUGCUACAGGCAUGGAUCACUGCUUUGGGUACUGCUUCUAGUGCUGCAACACUCCCUAUCACUUUUCGUUGUCUGGAGGAGAACAACAAUGUGGACAAGCGUGUGACUCGCUUCAUUCUGCCGGUAGGAGCUACAGUUAAUAUGGACGGUACUGCCCUCUAUGAGGCUGUUGCGGCACUAUUCAUUGCUCAAAUGAACGGGAUAUAUUUGAGUGUUGGACAGGUGAUAGCUGUAAGCCUUACAGCCACGGCAGCCAGUAUAGGAGCAGCCAGUGUCCCCAGUGCUGGACUGGUUACCAUGUUAUUGGUUCUAUCUGCAGUUGGACUUCCCACAAAGGACAUCUCUAUGAUUGUCGCUGUGGACUGGCUACUUGAUCGAAUUCGAACCUCAAUCAACGUUCUGGGCGAUGCUUUUGGUGCAGGAAUUGUCGACCAUUUAUGUAGGGGAGAGCUGGAGAAAAUUGACGCUGAGCAUGCUCGAUUGGAGAUGGAAAUGGCUGAGACAGGUCACUUGCGAAAACCCUCGCUGGCUGCUAGAGGAAGCCUGAGCAGUCACCCUCACGUCGAUAAGGCCAACAGCACAAAACACAAGGUUGGAGGCAGCACUAGCGCAUAUGACGAAAACAGCGAGACUCAGAUUUAAAACGGAAAUAUGUAAUUUUAUUUCGUCUGACAUUCAAAUUGCUAUACUCCGAACUGGUAGCAGUGAGCUGGAUAUUUCAAUAUUUAAGGGCGAACGUCUAGUUAUGUGUAAGAAAGUGUUAGUUUGAAAAAAUCUUGAAAAAAAAACACACUCUUCUUCUUCUAUUAUCUCUCGUAUUUUUGCGAUUUAAACUAUGAUAAGAUUCUCUAGCUUGUCCCAAAAUUUUGUAGUUAAACUCCUAACUAAAUUUAGAUUAAAAUAUCCACUAUAUAAAGUAUAUUUUAAGCUUGUCUUGAAAGUUAUUGGCAUUUCUCAGUGUGAUCUGUUUAUGAAUAAAAGUCAAUAGAAUUUUUUUGCUUCAAACAAUAAAUACAAACUAAAUAUUAAGCCAAUAUGUACGUUUAUUUAACAUGUGAUUUGGUGUUCUGUAUAAAAGGUGUUAAUUCUUCACCGUAAAACCUAUUAAUCUAAUAAAUUACUUGGGGAAAACAACGCUUAUCUUACAACUUUUCUCAUUUCUGUUUCGAAGUAAUUACGAGUUGUUCUCUCUCUCUCUACAUUGUCACUAAUAAAAAUCUAAACUAGUAAUUAUUUCAUGUACAGUACUUUAAGGUUGAUUCAGGGCAAGCAGCUAUCGAAUGCGCGAUUAAUAUUAACUGAAACGGGUUUAAAGCUAUUGGUUGGAAUGAAAUUAAGAUUUCUCGUAAACAGAUGACAACGGAACUUUAUAUGGAGUCCCGAUUUUUCUGGGUAGUCGUGGUUACUAGCGUAGUAACACGUGUAUUACGUGUCUUCUUGGUGAUUUGAUUUUUUCCCUAAAAUAUGGGCGCCAAUAUGUUCAAAGUAGAAUGUCGUGUUUAGUAUCUAAAUGGCCACUUGUUUUUGUGCGUGUUGUAGUUAUUAUGUGUAGAAAGAGUUAAAAUGUGCCUGGCAUAAAAACUUUUCAUAUAAUAUUCAUUCACAAAUUAGAAUUAGCAUGUUCAAUGUAACGAGUCUGCCUUGUAUUUUCUAUUUCAAUCAACACAUAUUUGCCAGGUACUAUGGCACUGAAAGGUGAACCUGCAUCUUUUAAUUUAUAAACGUAAACAUAACCUUUUGGUAAGCCUUCUUCCAGUCUCGCGCCACCCUUUGGUUAAAAUCAACACUAUUAGAUGAAUUGUUAACAUAAGUAGAUAUUUUCGCAAUGUAUUUCAACAAAGCUAGUUUAGAAGAACGUUUAAACACAUCAGAAGUUAUUCAUUUUCAGUUUACUAAGAUUUCAUUGAAAAAGGAUAUAUUUUAUUUGUCUAACGAGCACAUAUUGUAGUAUCAGUGGUAAGAUUGGAACAUGCAAUGUAACAAAUGUCUUUAUAUGUGGACGUCACAGCUGCAUCCCUUUUUCAGGAAUAGGUACUGCAUAUCAGAUACAUAGUUUAUUUUAACGUAAUAUUUUGAAACCUUAUGAAGAGAUCGUAUUAGUUCUAAACACAGUUUGUGUCCAGUUGCGUCAAUUUUAAAUACCCUACUUAUGUUAGAUGCACUAUAAAAAAUCAAGGUUAUAGGAGAUUUAACUGCAUGUUUAAUGAGAAAACACGUAUUUGCAUAUAGCUAUGGAUAACAAAUAUCUCCAAUCGGCAAUACAAUCAAAUACAGCUUCAAUUUUUAAAUAUGUUGUCUAGAUUGCACAUUUCGCUGAACUUCUCACAGGUUAUAACAAUGCAUUUUUCUAGAUUAAUGCACAAGGAAAUUAAAAGUUUGUGUUUAAUGCAAAUUCACCUUUGUGCAAAAGAAAAUAUUAUUCAAAUAACCAAAUUUGUACACAAUAUAACUAGUAGCAAGUAUAUCCACCCUUUUCCUUCAAAACCAUUCAAAAUAUUUUUGUUAUAAACUCCUGUGAAAUGAUGUUCCACGCUUUUUCCAAGGCCUUCCAAAGAUCAUCUAAUUUGCAGUAAUUCUUUUUGAAUUUUUCUUUAUCCAGAUAGUCCUCUACAGCUUCAAUGAUAUUGAGAUCUGGACUGUGAGGGAGACCAUUCCGUGGGGCUGUGAGGGUGACCAUUCCAUUUGUUGAAGGACUCCAGCUUCUUCUUUCUUUUGCAACCAAAUUUCAAUUAAUCCAGCCGAGUGCUUUGGAUCAUUAUCUUGCUUUAAGAUGAAAUUGGCAUAACUGGGGAUAGCAUAGUGGAUUAAAAUUUGUUUACACCUUGCUGCAGUCAAUGCAAAAUCAAUUUCAGCAAUUUUCCAACAUUACUUGAGGAUAUGCGCCCCCCAAACUUGAAUUGAACCCCAAUCAUGCCUAAUUGUUGGUUUCAAGCAAGGUUCUGUAUAAGUUUCAGUUGUUCGUCGUCUCACAUACUGUCUGUAAUUAGAUCCAAGUAUCUGAAACUUUGACUCAUCUGUCCAAAGCACCUUUGACCAUUGUUACACAGUAAGAUUUCUGUGUUUUUGUGCAUAUUUUAGCUUUUAAUCUUGUUCCACUUUCUUAACAGAGGUUUUCUUACUACAAUACAUCCUUUAAGUCCUAAUUUCAAAAGUGACCUUCAUACUAUUGAUGGAUGGACGACGACAUCUGAGCCAUUUGCCAGUUCUGUUGUCAAUUCUAUGAUAGCUUGUCUUUCUAUUUUAUUUCUUAAAGAUAUUAUAUUCAAGUAUUGCUCAUCCUUGUCAGACAUUUUUAGGGUCUUCCAGUCCUGGAUUUGUCAGUUACAGAAAAUGUUUCUCUGUACUUUUUUAUUAUGCUUUAGAGACCACACCUUGGAAAGCUAUUUCACUCAAUUUUAUUUCUUCUUUAUGCAGAAACACAAUUCUUUGGUGAUAAUCUACUGAAAUUUUAACCAUUUUAUUUUAAGUUAACAGUUAACUCUGAUAUAUUUAUAUUUUGCAGUACAAAAAAUAGCCAUUCUUUAUGGAUGUGUAGAGAGGAACAGAUGAUGUUAGUGACAAGAGACACCUGACAAUGACAUCCAUUAGUUUUAAUUGGUAAAUGUGAUGGUUUAGCUACUACAACACUUCAUAUUGGCUGCUCAUGUAUAGUUUACUUUGAGUUGUUUCGAUCACAAGGUUUUAAAGAUUCUGAUAAAUGUGAAUUAAAGAUUGUUAAAUGACAAGCUUAGUUUCUUCUCGCCUAAACUAAGCUAUAUUGAUAACAAAGUUGUUUUAAUAGUAGAAAACACUCGUGGAAACUUUGAGUGAAUUGUUGGAUGCUCAUAACAAACAUAAAUUGUAACUACUGAAUGUGUCUAAGGCGUUUGCACACCUGUCUAAUCGCUUUGCAUACUUUACUUUUGAGACUUCUUCCAAAGUUGGAUACCUUCUUAUUGUCUUACAUCUAAUAUUCCAUGAUAAAGAUUGCUAAUGUUAUAACUUUUCUUUCUUACACAUCUGAGUUACAUGAAGGCGGUUUUAGGUAUAAGAAACUCGAAAUUUAUUCUUAAAAAUAACGAAAAAGUAAGUUUUCAUAUGGUUAGCAAGAAACUAAAUGGGACUAAGGCAAUU